AUGCGGGCGGUGAAGCCCGCAAACGCUAUUUUCUUUGGAGUCGUAACUUUCUCCAACACCUCUAAUGGCGCCUGGUGCUGUGUGAUCAUGUCACGUUUCAAUAAAGGCAAGCGCUUACCUGGCGCCGAAUUCACUUGGGAUGCAGACCCAGGUGGUGUGCCUGACACAGCUCCUACUCCCCUCUACCCAGCAUAUACUGUCCCGUGGGCCCGCAAGCUCUCUCCCAAAGAACAAAAUGAGGUCGAUCACUACCGACACCAUCGCGAACGCGAUCAAGAGGGCCCUCACUACUCGGUCCUAGACUCUUCCUCCUCAUCAGCCAAGAAGGGUAGUGCUGCGCGCGUCAAUUUCGAUCCUUUCACCGGCAUGCCGUCUUACUCCGGACGAUACCAGAAGAAGCGACGAACACUGCCACACAUUGAUCCCAGUGGACGACCUUACGAAUUCAUUAUGAAAUAUUUUCCUCGUGAACUUUGGCAGACUAUUCAACCCAGCUUCCGACCAGAUGCCGACUUGGAUGGAUAUAAGCCUAUGGGUUCUGGUCCUGCGAAGCGCGGAUUUGAGGACGAUGAAGAUGAUGGAGAGGAUGAUGCGAAAAAGAAGCGUGCUGAGGGAGAUGAGGAGGGCGAUGCAGAUGCCGAGGAAGGGGAUCUACUUGACGAGGAAGAAGGACAAGAGGAAUGGGAAGAGGAGAAUGACUUCGAGGAUGAUGAGGAUGAAAUGGGUGGUGAUUACAAUGCGGAGCAGUACUUUGAUGGUGGUGAUGAUGACUAUGGAGACGAAGAUGGUGGAGAUGGCGGUGGUGAGGAUGUACUCUGA